AACCAACGCAGCUGAACUACACAACGGCUAGUUAGUUACCGUCCCGUGUUCGCACAGCAGUUAACAGCCGUUUCUUGAAUUACAAUCUGGACCCAGGUGAUGUCGACAAGUGACGACGACUCUGUUGAAUACAGCAGAACAGGCUCCCCUAGUCAUCAUAGAAGAAAACACAGCAUGGAGUCGUCAAAAUCUCCCAGAAGCUCCAAACACCACCAUUCACGAUCGAGGUCACGCUCACGCUCCAGGGACCGGAAACGUAAUUAUUUAAUCACAGUGGUGACAGAAAGCACAGACGGAGUCGCAGCAGGAGCAAAGAGAGACAACUUCUUCUUAAAACAGGCACGAAAGAGGGACUCUGAGAAGCUGUUGAAAUCUCACAAAAAAACAGAUGAGCAGCAUGAGCAGACUGAGAGGGGGAAGGAGAGGCUCUCGGCAGAAAAUGGAGAUGAACGAUCCCGACGCAAAGAGAAGAAGCCGUCCAGAGGACGGAGCCAUUCUAGGUCACACUCUCGGGAAAGGCACCAUCACAGCAGAAGUAGAGACAGACGCCGAUCACAAUCACGCAGCAGAGAUAGGAAGAAGAAAGCCAGGUCCCGCUCAGGUUCACGGGCCAAACAUCGGCAUCGUAGCAGAAGCCACAGUAAGAGCAGGGAGAGAAAGAAAAGGAGUGAGAAAGUGCGCAGAAAGAGUCGGAGUAGAACUGUUAGCCCACCUACCUUCCGGGGCAGAAACACAGCCAUGGAUGCACAAGAGGCCCUGGCCAGAAGGUUGGAAAGGGCCAAAAAACUGCAAGAGCAGAAGGAGAAGGAGAUGUUGGAGAAACAGCAGCAACAGCAUCAGGAGAUAGCUGCAGUGGCCACUCCUCUGUUGUGCGACACAGUCGCUGCAGCUGCUGCAGCUGCCGCCACCAACCCCGUACUCAAUGUAGCGGCUCUGCUGGCAUCUGGGACACAGGUCACCCCCCAAAUCGCCAUGGCAGCACAGAUGGCAGCCCUUCAAGCCAAAACACUGGCAGAGACGGGUAUUGCUGUGCCCAGCUACUACAAUCCCUCAGCUGUAAACCCCAUGAAGUUUGCAGAGCAAGAGAAAAAGAGGAAGAAGUUAUGGCAGGGAAAGAAGGAAGGGGACAAGUCCCAGACAGCUGAGUUAUGGGAGAAGCUUAACUUUGGAAACAAGGACCAAAAUGUUAAAUUUCGCAAACUCAUGGGUAUCAAAGCUGAUGAAGAUGGCGAAGCCUCAAAACCACUCAAUGAUGAAGGCUUAAAGACUCUUCAACAGCAAGAAGAGAUGUUUAGAAAUCUUGAUGUUCAGUAUGAGAUGGCCAGGUCUCAGACACACACCCAGAGGGGAAUGGGCCUUGGCUUUUCAUCCUCUUUCUCUCGUGGAAUGGAUACUAUGUAGUGCCAAGCCUUAUGUUGUCUUGGCCUCUUCCAACUAAUCGUAUAGGUCUGUCAGCUCACCACUAGCUUUGAAGCUUGCAUGGAUGUUGCUUUGGAUCUAUAAUUUAUUUAGAAAGGAAGAUCUAACAUCUUGAAGCAUUCUAAUGUAAAUAGCUGGACACUGGGUUUGUUUCAGUGUUUAUUAAUCUGUACAUCUUUACAUGAUGAAGCAACUGUUCAAUGACUGAUGCUGGUUAAACUUAGACAUUUGUUUGGAAAAUAUGAGCUUUUUU